CUUGUAACGGUCACUCUGCCACGAGAAAUUUAUUAUUAUAACGUAUCGCUCUCGGUUGCAAAAUACGAGGUAACGAUCGCUUUCGAAAGAAUAUUUGUGCAGAUUCUUAAACGCCAAGUGCAUUUACUAGCCUAGCAAUAUGAGUAAACCGGGCAGUGCUCCUCCGCAGUUCACCUAUGUGCCGCCCCCUUCGGCCCCGCCCUCUUACCAGGAGGCGGUGGGCGGGGUAAAGCCCGUGGGUCCAUAUACGCCCGUGGUGGCGCCCGCGACCACGGCAAAUACCACGAUUGUGACCACGGUUGUGCCCAUUAGUCGCACUUCGACGCACAUGAUCUGUCCAUCGUGCCAUGCCGAGAUCGAAACGACCACACGCACCGAGCCCGGAAUGAUUGCCUACUUGUCCGGAUUUUUGAUUGCCCUGUUCGGUUGCUGGCUGGGAUGCUGCCUAAUACCUUGCUGCAUCGACGACUGCAUGGAUGUCCAUCACUCGUGCCCCAACUGCCGCGCAUAUUUGGGGCGAUAUCGUCGAUAAAAUCGAUUGGAUGAAUGAGCAGGUCCAGCGGUUCCGUGUUGUAGAUUGAUUACUUUAAGCAAGCGUUUUUGCCUUUAUUUAUUUAAUUGUAGUAAUGUCAUUUGGAUUCCACAGCGAAGGCAGAUGGAAAGAGCCAAGGCUUCCCUUAAUCUAACGCUAACUCGCUAAAUUGCUCCGCCGUUUUAUAUUUUGGUUCGCCCAAUCCAUAAUU